AGAUAGCUGUGGAGGAGAAACUCAGCAGUGUCGGUCUGCCUGCCAAGUUGUACAGUGUGACAGAGGAGGAGAAGGAUUGGGCUCUGCUGCAAACGGGAUGCAGAGACGAGGUUGAUACUGCAGCAUAGGACAAAGGAAGGGGGGGUGAGUGAGAAAACCUAGGGAUUAUUCGUUGCAGGUGGCAGAGAAGAAAUCACACUUCCGCGCUAGGCUGAGAUCAAGCUCCUCAGUUUGGCCCGGGAUCUUCACCUUCACUUUUGACAUCACUUUGGUCCCAUGCUUAUGAUGGAAAUCAGGAGCCAGGAUGGAGAGCAUCAGGGGCAGAGACCAGACUAGCUACUGCUCCCAACCUGUAAUCUGCAGACGUAUGACUACACCAGCAUCAGCUGCUGGCUGAGCACCUUCUAUCACAAUCUCAGCUGGGGGGCUUCAUGCCCUGGGACAGUCCUGGGUGAUAGAGGGAGGUGGUGGUGGAGGAGGAGGAGCAGGCAGCGGGGAGGCUGGCUCAGAGAAGUGGAGGAGGGUGGUGGGGGUGUAAACAGCCUGCUGUAUUUUUGGAUGUGGGAUCUCCUGACUUAAGCGAGCAAGCUGGAAUAAAGAUGUAGUGUGAGCUAGUGGAAGGAGGGGUACAGAACAAGGAGAGUGCUGUGCUGAGGAGAGGGCUGGACGUCCUAGCUCAACGGACGGACCAGACGGACCGAGAUCUGGGGGGAGUCCUUAGGGGGAGACAAAGACGGAGGGUCCACUGGAUCAGGAAGAUGCCCUCUCGCUGCAGGAAUGCGCUGAACAUCGUGGUCACCACUCUUUUUGCUGCGGUGGUCCUCUUCACAAUCCUGCUGGCCUACGUCACAGGCUACCAGUUCAUCCACACUGAGCAGCACCACCUCUCCUUUGGCCUCUAUGGUGCCUUCCUCUCCCUCCAUCUCUUCCUCCAGAGCCUUUUCGCCUUCCUGGAGCAUCGGCGAAUGAGGAGCCCCGCCCGGCCACAGCACCUCCGUCGCACCGUGGCUCUCUGCAUCGCCGCAUACCAGGAGGACCCAGACUACCUGAGGAAGUGCCUGCGCAGUGUCCGCCGAAUCUCCUUCCCUGGUCUGAAGGUGGUGCUAGUAGUGGACGGGAACCGGCCCGAGGACGGCUACAUGAUUGACAUUUUCCAGGAGGUGAUGGGCGGGGCUGACCAGGCUGGCAGUAUGGUGUGGAAGGGAAACUACCACAGUGAUGGGAGUGGAGGAGGAGGAGUCAGAGGCGGAGGGAGGAGCACAGUGCACAUGGAGGAGGCAGCACGAGUGGCUCGGCUGGUCAGAGGCUGCCGCUACUCCUGCAUCAUGCAGGAGUGGGGAGGGAAAAGAGAGGUGAUGUACACUGCCUUUAAAGCACUGGGGGACAGUGUGGAUUAUGUGCAGGUGUGUGACUCAGAUACAGUUCUAGACCCAGCGUGUACCAUAGAAAUGCUGAAGAUCCUUGAGGAAGAUCCGAUGGUGGGAGGGGUCGGUGGAGAUGUGCAGAUCCUUAACAAGUACGACUCGUGGAUCUCCUUCCUCAGUAGUGUUCGCUACUGGAUGGCCUUCAACAUUGAGCGGGCCUGUCAGUCCUACUUCGGAUGCGUCCAGUGUAUCAGCGGCCCUCUGGGGAUGUAUAAGAACUCUUUGCUCCAACGCUUCCUGGAGCCCUGGUACCACCAGACCUUCCUAGGCUCCAAGUGCAGCUUCGGUGAUGACCGCCACCUCACCAAUCGGGUGCUGAGCUAUGGCUACAAGACAAAAUUCACGGCACGAUCGCAGUGCCAGACUGAGACACCAACCGAGUAUUUGCGUUGGCUCAACCAGCAGACUCGAUGGAGCAAGUCUUACUUCCGUGAGUGGCUCUACAAUGCCCUGUGGUUCCACAAGCACAGCCUUUGGAUGACCUAUGAGUCCGUGGUCACUGGCUUCUUUCCGUUCUUCUUGGUUGCCACAGUCAUCCAUCUCUUCUACCGUGGAAGGCUGUGGAACAUCCUGCUCUUCUUAUUGACAGUCCAACUGGUUGGGAUGGUGAAGGCCACCUACGCCUGUUUUCUGCGUGGCAGCCUGGUCAUGAUCUUCAUGUCACUCUACUCUCUGCUCUACAUGACCAGCUUGCUACCUGCCAAAAUAUUUGCCCUACUCACCAUCAACAAGGCUGGAUGGGGCACCUCAGGCCGCAGGAAAAUUGUGGUCAACUUAAUUGGCGCUGUGCCUGUCACAGUGUGGGCUAUGGUGCUGCUGGGAGGUGUGGUGUAUACAAUCUACUGUGAAACACAGGAGCCAUUUAGUGAGACAGAGAAAGCAUUGUUGAUAGCAGGGAUGAUACUGUACGCCUGCUACUGGCUCAUUCUGCUGGUGCUCUACCUAGCAAUUGUAGCCAAACGGUGUAACAAGAGGGAAGAGCAGUAUCAACUGCCAUAUGCGGAGGCAUAAACCUGCUACCAGAGAUUGGUAGGACAUUCAUAUGGACCUUCACUGCAGUAUGACUUUAGCAAUGUCUCUGACCCUGUGAACUGCUCAAGUGAUGAGCUGUGAACCACAAACACACUCACAUCUUCAUCAUUGGUGCUAAGGUUUGGAUCUGAACUCUGAGCGGCAGGAAUCUAAUCCAGUUGGGGGAGACUCAGAGAUGACUGGAUUCUCAGAGCUUUCCCAAUUAGAUCAUGCUUAAUGGUGCUUCAUUUUGAAAAACCAAACCAAAUGAAACUGAUCCAGUUUAUAACAUGUUCAUACUCUUGUAAUAGUGACAUGCGCAGAAGAACAUUAUUACUAUUACUGUGUUUAUGGGCACAGGCUAUCUGUGAACUGUGACAAAGGGUGUGGCACCAUGCUAUAAAUCAAUCUAAAGCAAAAAGAGGGACAAAAUAAGAUUAGAAGACAUAAAAGUCUUAAUAAAUGGUUGUUUUUGUGCCCAUUUUGAAAAAGAUGAGAUGGGAUAAAAUGUGAUGGAACUGAGCUUUUAUAAUAAACAACAGAUAAAAUAGCAAGGCAAUUCUUACUAGUCUAAGCAUCUCUAUUUUAGAUGAGUAGAGGGAAGUUCGCAUGGAUUCAGAGAUUGGAGUGUAUGUGUAAGGUGUUCAGAGCACAUUUUGGUACAAUCUCCACAGAGUCAACUUAAAGAACUGAACAGGCAUGAAUAGAUGAAAAUUUGGUCUAGGCUUGAAAAUCUGUUGACUUGAGCCUACAAAUGUGCGUUGAUCUCAAAGUUUUAUGAAUCAACUCAAUAUACUACCGACAUGGGAGAAAAAGGGAGAAAGAGUGAAAGAAAAAAAGCUGAGAGAACUUGGUGAGUUAAGUGAGAUUAGUCAGAGGUGACACGCAAACACAUGCAGCCAUUCCCCACACACACACGCACACACAGUGAUUUCUAGACAGUUCCAGCUGACGUCCGUACAGAUGAUAUAAAUGUGUGCAACAAAAAUGGACUGUUUUUGCAGUUUAAGCAGCAAAAUUCAGUUAAUAAUUUGGUUUGUGU